UUAUUUACGCUUGUUUAAUGGGCAAAAAAAAAAACAUUUAAAAAUGUUCCCAAGUACUAAUUAAGUAGGUACUAACAGAGCCAUAAAACGAUGGUACAAUGAUAUAUUUUUUAAUAAAGUAGUUGGUUAGAAUGUUGAAUUGCAUGUGACAAGCCGUCAUAUUCUUUUUUUUGUGUAAAAAAAAUUCAAGUUAUAAAUAAGACUAUAUAAAAUGUAUAGUCACAUAAUAGUAAUACUAAUAAAAAAAAAAGCAAUAGAGAUUUUCAACCCUAAUUCAAUCAUCCCUCUUGGAUAUGGUGCUGCUUAUGGACUCCUGUUGAGCACCUAUAUCUGCUAGUGAAAUGUUUUCGGUUAAUUCACAAUAUUAUACUAGAUUGACAUCUACUCAGAAUAAUGAGAUGGUAUUAUUGUAUAACUCCAUUUUUAGUAUAUAAUAUCCCAAUUUGCAGUAGCCAAAUCAGAAUCAUUGAAAAUAGCAAGACAACAACAUGAAACUCUUGGGUUAUAUUCUUCACUUAUUAUUAAUCUGUACAUACAUGACGUACCUCAUCAUCAUGACCAAUGGAUAUCCGCUGCAUCCAAAUUAUUGUUCAGACGACAAUUUUGUCAUUGAGGAACCAAACACACCGAUUGAUACUAAACCCAUACUGUUUGUCGGUAAAAGAUUCAUGGAAGAUAGUACUUCAAACGAUUUAAUAAAGCCUUCCGAAUCUAAUGUUAUUCUGAAGAAGAAAAACUCUGAAAUAAUCAGCGCUUUGAUGGGACUACGCAAAGCCAUGUACAACUACUAUGGUGAACGUCAUAUACACAAUUAAUAAUCAUAUUAUAUUUUUGUUGUCUAGUAAAUAUAUUGCAUAUUAUGUUAUGUUAAAACUUAAC